AGCAAACAAAUCUUUUUCAAUGCCAUCUUUAUUGUGUAUAUGAAGUGAUUGUCGUAAUAGAGUGAACGUUCAACAGUCAGUAUUAUUAUGGAAUCACAAGAAGGGGCUUUAUAAUUUUUAGAAUAUCAAAAGAAUAGAAAUAUUUUCUCAAAUGGAUGAAUCGUUGACAAAAGUUCAAACAACAACCAGAUUUCCUGAAAUCAACACUGUUCGAUCAAAACAAAAUACACCAGAAAAUGGUAUAGUCAAACUACCAACUGUUGAAGACAAAACAAAUUCUGUUUCAUCUGACGACGAACCUGUUUCAUCCCCGUGCUCACGCACGCGACGACGACGUCGGAAAAAAUCAAACUCUGGUACGUCGUCUGCAAGAAAAUCUGCGCGUGCAGACAGCAGAAGACAACAGAUUACACCGCUAUCAGAGCUGAAGCCAUUAAAUUUGAUCGAUAACUCCCAACUCAUCAGUGACGACUUGUAUAACGAAAAGAAAGAAAGAUUGAUAAAAUGUUCCAAACUGAAGGAUGAAUUAAGAGUAUAUUUUGGCAUAGAUGCUAAACUUGGAAUUAUAAAGACAGAGGACAGUGAAGAUGACGAAUAUGAUACAGAUUUAGAUCAAGACAGGGUCGGCUUAGAACUGAUUGUGGACGAAAAAACAAAACAGAUAAAAGAUUUUGGUGAAUUUCCUGAAUACAAAAAGCGUUGCCGGGAUCUCAAAGUCGUCCCCAAUACAUUCUUGAUACGCCAUGCUACCGAGGACAAUUUCAAAAUGAGACAUCGAUACAUGACGUCAAGUGAUUGCAGAACUAUUUCAAAGGAAGUGGAGCAGAAUCUGGCUUUUCAAAGCAUUGAUUUGGAAGAUAAUGGAAUAACUCACAAACAUUUACAGACUAUGGCAGACAUGUUGCUAAAGAACAACAGCAUUAUUGAAUUCAAUAUUUCAAAUAAUCCUGUUGGUCCAGAAGGUGCAAACAUUCUGAAAUAUAUACUGGCAAAUAAUUAUCACGUGGUGAAGGCUGACGUUUCAGAUUGUGGUCUUGGAGAAAAGGCUGGUCCUUAUUUAGCAGAGAUCAUUGAGAAUAAUGUUUUCCUCCGGGAGCUAUAUCUAAGACGCAAUAACCUUGGCAAUGCUGCUGCGAAGUAUAUUGGAGAUUCUUUAGGAAGCAAUAUCACUUUAGAAUUAUUAGAUAUUAGUUGGAAUCAAAUCGGAAAACAGGGUGCAAUUGCUUUAGCUGCUGGUUUAAAGGUUAAUACUCAGUUAGAAAUACUAAAUGUUGCUAUGAAUGGUUUUGGAGAAGACGGAGGAAUAGCCUUAUUUGAAGCUUUAAAGAACCAAGAUUCGCUUGAAGAGCUGGAUAUAACUGCAAAUCGAUUAACAGACAAAGUAGCCAGAGUGAUAUCAACAAUUAUACCAUAUAAUCGUCAUUUGAAGACGCUCAAGAUUUCAUAUAACCAUAUUUCUUCAGUUGGUGCUCUUACGUUGUUAAAACCAUACUCUUCCCGCAUGAAAAAGAGACUUGCUACUGUUGAACUUCAGGGUAUUGACGUUGACGCUGAGCUGAUAGAUGCCGUAAACACACUACAGAAUAAACGUGGCAUGACGGUACUGAUAUCACGACCUCCUUCUCGACGUGAGAAAACUAGCGAUCAGUUGACGUACAGUUUAAUAAAGAUCGUUGAAUUGAUGAAAGAUGUGGAUGUAGACGUAUAUGACUUGUUUCCAGAUUAUGAAAAAGAAAGAGAAGAAAUGAUCACAACAGACGAUAUCAUAGUUGCCAUGAAGCAAUGUGAACGGAUUCCAGAAAAAAAGAAGAUCCAGAGCGUAAAACGGCUGAUUAGAGAUACGAGAAACAGGAAUUUCCAGUUAAAAGAAUUUGCUGUUCUUUACACACAAGUCAAUCGAGGAAGCGAUCCAAGUGUGGAAGAACCAUUAAGAAGUGUAUUUGCAGGUCGUAAAAGGGCAUUAACUCCUGCAUCGGUUCAAAAGAAAAAAGAGGAAACGAAAUCAUCAGGUGUCAGAUUUUUCUAAAUACUUAUGGAUUGCAUGGACUUCUUAAAAACUAGCCAUUAUUACCGUUUCUUAAAAUGCUGAUAUUUUAGAAAGAGAUUAUAAUCAUGAAAAUACAAGCAAUAAAUGUUUUACGUUUCAUUAUUUAUGACUAAUGAG